AUGGCCGCUAUCGCUCCCACUGCCCCAAUUUCUCCUCCAAUGGAGUCUACAGGUGACCGUCUAAUCACAUUGGAACUAAAGGAUGGCACGGUCUUACAAGGUUAUUCGUUUGGUGCUGAAAAGUCCACUGCUGGUGAAUUAGUUUUCCAAACUGGUAUGGUAGGUUAUCCUGAAUCUGUCACUGAUCCAUCUUACGAAGGCCAAAUCUUAGUCAUCACCUACCCCUUGGUAGGUAACUAUGGUGUUCCAGAUGUGCACUUGCGAGAUGAAUUGGUCGAAGAAUUGCCAAGAUAUUUUGAAAGUAAUAAAAUCCACAUCGCCGGUUUGGUUAUUUCUCACUAUACCGACGAAUACUCUCAUUAUCUUGCUAAAUCUUCCUUGGGGAAAUGGUUACAAAAUGAAGGGAUCCCAGCUGUUUAUGGUGUUGAUACAAGAUCAUUGACCAAGCAUUUGAGAGAUGCUGGUUCAAUGUUAGGUAGGUUGUCUUUGGAAAAAACCACGUCUGAUAGAACCAUUUCUGGAUCUUCUUCUUGGAAAGAUGCGUUUGACGUUCCAGAAUGGGUGGAUCCAAAUGUCCAAAACUUGGUUGCUAAGGUUUCGACCAGUGAACCAAAACUAUACCUACCUCCAACGGAUAACAAGGACAUUGAAUUGCAAACCGGUCCAGAUGGCAAAGUUUUAAGAAUUUUGGCCAUUGAUGUCGGUAUGAAGUACAAUCAAAUUCGUUGUUUUAUCAAAAGGGGUGUGGAACUAAAGGUCGUUCCAUGGGACUAUGAUUUCACCAAGGAAGAUUACGAUGGUUUGUUCAUUUCCAACGGUCCAGGUGAUCCAUCUGUUCUAGCUGAACUGUCUCAAAGAUUAUCGAAUGUUUUGGAAGCUAAAAAGACUCCAAUCUUUGGUAUUUGUCUUGGUCAUCAAUUAAUAGCUAGAGCUUCAGGUGCAUCCACCCUAAAAUUAAAAUUUGGUAACCGUGGCCACAACAUACCUUGUACAUCAACCAUAAGUGGUCGUUGUUAUAUAACAUCUCAAAACCAUGGGUUUGCUGUUGAUGUGAGCACCCUUACUUCCGGUUGGAAACCAUUAUUUGUUAACGCAAAUGAUGACUCUAACGAAGGUAUUUACCAUUCCGAAUUACCAUACUUUUCUGUUCAAUUUCAUCCAGAAUCAACACCAGGUCCAAGAGAUACAGAAUUUUUGUUUGAUGUUUUCAUCCAAGCUGUUAAAGAAUAUAAGCACACACAAGUAUUGAAACCAAUUGCAUUCCCAGGUGGUCUACUAGAAGAUAAUUUGAAGGCGCACCCAAGGAUCGAACCAAAGAAGGUCCUAGUCUUGGGUUCUGGUGGUUUGUCCAUCGGUCAAGCUGGUGAAUUUGAUUAUUCUGGUUCUCAAGCUAUUAAAGCCUUGAAGGAAGAGGGUAUUUAUACGAUUUUGAUUAAUCCCAACAUUGCUACAAUUCAAACUUCUAAAGGGUUGGCUGAUAAGGUCUACUUUGUACCUGUUACUGCAGAAUUUGUGAGAAAGGUUAUUUUGCAUGAAAGACCAGAUGCCAUUUAUGUGACAUUUGGUGGACAAACUGCUUUGUCAGUUGGUAUCGACAUGAAAGAUGAAUUUGAGACUUUAGGAGUUAAAGUCUUGGGUACUCCAAUUGAAACCAUUAUUACUACUGAAGAUCGUGAACUGUUCAGCAACGCUAUUGACGAAAUUAAUGAAAAAUGUGCCAAAUCUAAGGCUGCUAACUCGGUAGAGGAAGCUUUAGCCGCUGUUAAAGAUAUCGGCUUCCCAGUUAUCGUACGUGCUGCUUACGCAUUAGGUGGUUUAGGUUCUGGUUUUGCUAAUAAUGAAAAGGAACUAGUUGACCUUUGUAAUGUUGCAUUUGCAUCCUCUCCUCAAGUCUUAGUAGAAAGGUCUAUGAAGGGCUGGAAAGAAGUAGAGUAUGAAGUUGUUCGUGACGCUUAUGAUAACUGUAUUACAGUUUGUAACAUGGAAAAUUUCGAUCCAUUGGGUAUUCAUACUGGUGACUCCAUUGUCGUAGCUCCUUCUCAAACUUUAUCUGAUGAAGAUUACAACAUGCUUAGAACUACAGCUGUGAAUGUUAUCAGACACUUGGGUGUUGUCGGUGAAUGUAAUAUUCAAUAUGCUCUAAACCCAGUCUCCAAGGAAUACUGUAUCAUUGAAGUUAAUGCUCGUUUAUCACGUUCUUCUGCUUUAGCAUCUAAAGCUACUGGUUAUCCAUUGGCUUAUACCGCAGCUAAAUUAGGUUUGAACAUUCCAUUAAAUGAAGUUAAAAAUUCUGUUACAAAAUCCACAUGUGCUUGUUUUGAACCUUCUUUAGAUUACUGUGUUGUUAAGAUGCCAAGAUGGGAUUUGAAGAAAUUUACCAGAGUGUCUACCGAAUUAUCCUCAUCAAUGAAAUCCGUCGGUGAAGUUAUGAGUAUUGGUAGAACAUUUGAAGAAGCCAUCCAAAAAGCCAUCAGAUCUACAGAGUACGCCAACCUAGGUUUCAACGAAACAGAUCUAGAUGUCGAUAUCGAUUAUGAAUUGAACAAUCCUACUGAUCUGCGUGUCUUUGCAAUUGCUAAUGCUUUUGCUAGAAAGGGAUAUUCAGUUGAUAAAGUUUGGGAGAUGACAAGAAUCGAUAAAUGGUUCUUGAACAAGUUACAUGAUUUGGUCCAGUUUGCCCAGAAAAUAAGCUCAUUUGGUACUAAAGAAGAUUUACCUUCAUUAGUUUUGAGACAAGCAAAACAAUUAGGUUUUGAUGAUAGGCAAAUUGCAAAGUUCUUGGAUUCCAAUGAAGUUGCUAUUCGUAGGUUAAGAAAAGAGUACGGUAUUACACCAUUUGUCAAACAAAUUGAUACCGUUGCUGCUGAAUUCCCUGCAUACACAAACUAUUUGUACAUGACAUACAAUGCUGACUCUCACGAUUUAUCCUUUGACGACCACGGUGUUCUAGUCUUGGGUUCUGGUGUCUAUCGUAUUGGUUCUUCUGUUGAAUUCGAUUGGUGUGCUGUCACAGCAGUUAGAACAUUACGUGCUAACAAAAUCAAAACCAUCAUGGUCAACUACAAUCCUGAAACCGUCUCAACAGAUUACGAUGAAGCUGAUAGACUAUAUUUCGAAACUAUCAAUCUUGAAAGAGUCUUGGACAUCUAUGAAGUUGAAAGUUCCAGUGGUGUUGUUGUCUCAAUGGGUGGUCAAACUUCCAACAACAUUGCUAUGACGUUACAUCGUGAAAAUGUCAAGAUUCUUGGUACAUCCCCAGAUAUGAUUGAUUCUGCUGAAAACCGUUAUAAGUUCUCUCGUAUGUUGGAUCAAAUUGGUGUUGAUCAACCAGCUUGGAAGGAAUUAACAUCAAUGGAUGAAGCUGAGUCAUUUGCUGAAAAGGUUGGCUAUCCUGUGUUAGUACGUCCAUCUUACGUUUUAUCUGGUGCUGCCAUGAAUACCGUUUAUUCUAGAAACGAUUUAGAAUCCUACUUGAAUCAAGCUGUCGAAGUUUCCCGUGACUAUCCUGUUGUCAUUACCAAGUAUAUUGAAAAUGCAAAGGAAAUUGAAAUGGAUGCGGUUGCAAGAAAUGGUGAAUUGGUUAUGCAUGUUGUUUCUGAGCAUGUCGAAAAUGCGGGUGUCCAUUCAGGUGAUGCAACAUUGAUUGUUCCACCUCAAGAUUUGGCUCCUGAGACGGUUGAUAGAAUUGUCGUCGCAACUGCAAAGAUUGGUAAAGCUUUGAAGAUUACUGGUCCAUACAAUAUCCAAUUUAUUGCAAAGGAUAAUGAAAUUAAGGUCAUUGAAUGUAAUGUUCGUGCAUCAAGAUCUUUUCCAUUUAUUUCAAAGGUUGUUGGUGUGAACUUGAUUGAACUGGCUACAAAGGCUAUAAUGGGAUUACCUUUGACACCAUACCCUGUUGAAAAAUUACCAGAUGAUUAUGUUGCAGUCAAGGUUCCACAGUUUUCUUUCCCACGUUUAGCAGGUGCUGAUCCUGUUUUGGGUGUUGAGAUGGCCUCUACUGGUGAAGUCGCUACCUUUGGUCACUCUAAGUAUGAAGCUUACCUAAAGUCUCUGUUGGCAACCGGUUUCAAACUUCCAAAGAAAAACAUUUUAUUGUCCAUUGGUUCUUACAAAGAAAAGCAAGAAUUGCUUUCUUCCGUUCAGAAACUAUACAAUAUGGGAUACAAACUAUUUGCAACAUCGGGUACUGCUGAUUUCUUAUCCGAACACGGUAUCGCUGUCCAAUAUCUAGAAGUUUUAAACAGGGAUGCUGAUGACCAAAAAUCAGAAUAUUCGCUUACUCAGCAUUUGGCCAACAAUGAAAUUGAUCUUUACAUCAACUUACCAUCCGCCAACAGAUUCCGCCGUCCUGCAUCUUAUGUUUCAAAGGGUUACAAAACACGUCGUUUGGCCGUUGAUUACUCAGUUCCACUGGUCACUAACGUGAAGUGUGCCAAAUUGUUGAUUGAAGCCAUCUCAAGAAACAUCACUUUGGAUGUCUCUGAACGUGACGCCCAAACCUCUCACAGAACUAUAACCUUACCAGGCCUAAUCAAUGUUGCGACCUUUGUUCCAAAUGCAUCACAUGUUAUCAAGGGUCCGGAUGAAUUAAAGGAGACUACACGUUUAUUUUUGGAAUCAGGUUUUACCUACUGUCAAUUAAUGCCUAGAUCUAUCAGUGGACCAGUUAUUACUGAUGCUGCAUCAUUAAAGGCUGCAAACUCUGUUUCUCAAGAUUCGUCUUAUACAGAUUUUUCUUUCACUGUUGCUGGUACCGCUCAUAACGCUCAAAGCGUCUCACAAUCUGCUAGCAAAGUCACAGCGUUGUUUUUGCCUUUACGUGAAUUAAAGAACAAAAUCACAGAAGUAGCUGAACUUUUGAAGCAAUGGCCAGCUGAAAAGCAAGUUAUAGCUGAAGCUAAAACUGCCGACCUGGCAUCCGUUCUAUUGUUAACCUCACUUCAAAACAGAUCUAUUCAUAUUACUGGUGUUUCAAAUAAGGAAGAUCUUGCUUUGAUUAUGACGGUCAAAGAGAAAGAUCCCAGAGUAACCUGUGAUGUCAACAUUUACUCUCUGUUUAUUGCCCAAGAUGACUAUCCUGAAGCUGUGUUUUUGCCCACCAAGGAGGAUCAAGAAUUUUUCUGGAACAAUCUGGAUGGCAUUGACGCCUUCUCUGUAGGCGCACUUCCUGUUGCUCUAGCCAAUAUUACUGGUAAUAAGGUUGACGUCGGUAUGGGUAUCAAAGAUUCCUUACCAUUACUAUUAGCUGCAGUUGAAGAAGGUAAGUUGACUAUCGACGAUAUCGUUACUCGUCUACAUGAUAACCCAGCUAAAAUUUUCAACAUCCCCGCCCAGGAUUCUGUUGUUGAAAUCGACUUGGAUUAUUCCUUUAGACGUAACAAGAGAUGGUCACCAUUCAACAUGGACAUGAACGGUGGUGUCGAACGUGUUGUUUCUAACAACGAAACACUUGUUUUGAGUGGUGAAUUGGUCUCUCCAGGCGCAAAAGGAAAAUGCAGUAUUAAUCCUGCUACAGCUUCCACUACAGCUCCUGCAGAAAUUCAACCUACCGGUACUAAGAGAAGGUUUUCUUUUACCGAUGAAACAAUGGCUGAUAAUCUAGAUGCCGCAGAGGAUGCUAUCCCAGAACAACCUUUGGAACAAAAACUGAUGUCUUCGAGACCACCAAGGGAACUUGUUGCACCAGGCGCUAUCCAAAACUUGAUUCGUAGCAACAAUCCAUUCCGUGGUAGACAUAUAUUGUCUAUCAAACAAUUCAAACGUUCUGACUUCCAUGUCUUGUUUGCUGUUGCACAAGAAUUAAGAGCAGCCGUUGAUAGAGAAGGUGUUUUAGAUUUAAUGAAGGGACAUGUAAUUACUACAAUUUUCUUUGAACCAUCUACUCGUACCUGUUCUUCAUUCAUUGCUGCUAUGGAACGUUUGGGUGGUAGAAUUGUGAACGUUAACCCAUUGGUCUCUUCCGUCAAAAAGGGUGAAACUCUUCAGGAUACUAUCAGAACAUUGGCUUGUUACAGUGAUGCCAUUGUUAUGCGUCAUUCCGAAGAAAUGUCAGUCCAUAUUGCUGCUAAGUAUUCUCCUGUUCCAAUCAUCAAUGGUGGUAAUGGUUCUCGUGAACAUCCCACACAGGCCUUCUUAGAUUUAUUCACUAUUCGUGAAGAAAUAGGUACCGUUAACGGUAUCACUGUUACAUUUAUGGGUGACUUGAAACACGGUAGAACUGUCCAUUCGUUAUGCCGUUUGUUGAUGCAUUAUCAAGUUAGAAUUAAUCUUGUUUCUCCUCCGGAAUUAAGAUUGCCAGAAGGGCUAAGGGAAGAACUAAGAAGGGGUGGUUUGCUAGGUGUAGAAAGCGCCGAAAUGACCCCUCAUAUAAUCUCCAAAACAGAUGCUCUAUAUUGUACAAGAGUCCAAGAAGAGAGAUUCAGUAGUCCUGAAGAGUACCAACGUUUGAAGGACACAUAUAUUGUGGACAACAAAAUUUUGGCUCAUGCUAAGGAAAAUAUGGCUAUCAUGCAUCCUUUGCCUCGUGUAAAUGAAAUCAAAGAGGAAGUGGAUUACGAUCAUCGUGCUGCUUACUUUAGACAAAUGAAGUAUGGUUUGUAUGUUAGAAUGGCAUUAUUAGCCAUGGUUAUGGGGGUUGAUAUGUGA